AUGUCUGGAUUGUCUGCUAUGCAGGCAUCUAAUAGAUUACGGACAGCUCUUCUGGAGGGAAAGAAGGCAUUUGGCGCUUGGCAGAUGCUUCCCGGCGCAAACGUAUCGCGGGUAUUGGCAAGGUCAGGAGUUGACUGGGUCUUGGUAGACUGCGAGCAUGGGAACUUGGACGAUGGUGCCAUGCACGAUGCCGUUCCUGCAAUUGCGGCUUUAGGGGUUUCGCCCAUUGUGAGAUUGCCCGACAUGCAAGGAUGGAUGGUAAAGCGUGCACUCGACAGUGGAGCUCAUGGUAUUGUUGUGCCUUUGCUGAGAACGCCUGAAGAAGCGAGACAACUCCUGCAAUCUGCCAAGUUUCCGCCUCUAGGCCGUCGAGGUUUCGGAUCACCAAUUGCCCCAGAGCGAUUCCACCCUGAGCCAAGUUUCUCGGAGUAUCUUCAGCAGGCAAAUGAUUCUCUCUUGACCAUUGUUCAGAUUGAGACCAAGGAGGCACUUGAGUCUAUCGACGAGAUUGCUGCUGUCGAUGGCAUCGAUGUGUUAUUCAUUGGACCGUUCGAUCUUGGAAACGCCCUCGGCCAUCCUAUUAUCGAAGGAGUCAUGGCCACGGAACUGAAAGACGCCAUUGCCAAGAUCCUUGCUGCGGGUCAGAAAGCAGGCAAGAAGACAGGCGUGUAUUGCACGGGGGGCGAGCAGGCAAAGAUAUACGCGGAUCAGGGGUUUGACAUGAUGAAUGUGGUAACCGAUUAUACAUCCUUGGGACUGGUAGCCAAAGAGCAGCUCAGCUUCGCUGACGGAAGCUUGGCACCAACCAGAGGAAAGGGGUAUUGA